GGUCGAGGGAGGCACGGGUUGUGGAGAAAGCGGGAGACCAGCUCGCAAGUGUGAGGGAGAUUAGGAUAUUAGGAUGUUGUCGGCAGAGGGGUUGGAGCCAGACCCUCCAGCGAGAUCUCGUAGCAACAUGCGGCAAUCGAGUCGUUUACGAGCAGCGUUCAAGUCCAGAAUCAAGAGAGGAGUUGCGUCUACUUUCAGAAAAGCCACGAGGCUGAACAGGAUAGCUCAAAAGAUGGAGACAAUUACAAAUCGGGCGCCGGAUAAUAACUCUGUAAAUGUUCAAAUUAUUCAUUUAACUGACGAUGAAGAGGACUACAUAAUACCUAAAUAUUUGGUUAAUGUUGAAUUUGUCUUAGUGACGAGAAAAUCAGAUGGCAAUGGCAGAAGUGAACUGGAAAGGAGGUUUUACCUGCAUAUGUUGAAAGAGCGAGGCUUUAGUAUAGUGAAAAAAGAAGAUGACUGCAAUGUAUUCUUUGGACUUCAAGCCCCUGAUACAUUAUUUGAUAAAUAUAUAUAUCUUCUGGAUAUUAGUGAACGGACAUGUAGCACUACUGGACUAGACACAGUCUCAAAGUCAACCAGAAUUCGAAUUAUACAUUUUAUUCUCAAGAGAACAUUUGUCCCAGGCAUUGGUGGUCUUCACGAAUUAUUAAAACACAAGAUAUUUCAUUCAGCUUUUCCACUUCAUGCGGAAGACAUUUGGAAGAAAGAACAUAUAUUUCAAAAAAACUGGGCUAAUUGGCAUCGCUUAUUUACCAAACAACCAAUCAAUCAAAUAAGACUCUACUUCGGAGAGCGUCAUGCCUUGUACUAUGCCUGGCUUGGCUGGUACACUAAGAUGCUACUUCCUGCUGCGCUGGGUGGAAUUGGAGUUGUUAUAUAUGGAUUAUGUUACCAUAAUCGUGUUCAAGAGAGUGAGGAGGUUUGCACAGCCAACACAACAAUAAUGUGUCCGCACUGUGACAGGUGUUCAUUUUGGAGGCUCUCCGAUACAUGUGUGUAUUCAAAGGUGACGCAAAUCUUUGAUCAGAAAAUAACAAUUUUAUUUGCGAUGUUCAUGGGAAUCUGGGCCACUACGUUUCUGGAGUUGUGGAACCGAACCAGAGCAAAAGUCGUCAGUGACUGGGAUUUGUUCAAUUGGGAUGAGGAUGAGGAGGAACUUGCUCUCGGGCUAAUAUACUGUCCUGACGUACCACCACAAAAAUAUCAUUAUUCUUUUAGGAGAACAGGUAUAGUCCUCUUCUUAUCAUUUGUUCAGAUUGCUGUUAUAAUUUGUAUUGCGCUUGGCAUUGUGGUAUUUCGGAUUACUUUAUCCUAUUCAUUGUUGACUGCACAAUUGAAUUUCAAGCGUGAAGUAGCUGAAAUAGUGUCCUUGAUGAUAGGUGCUAUUUUGCACUAUAUCACACUUCUAAUCAUGACCAAGGUGAAUUGUAUUGUUGCAAAGAAACUGUGCAAAUUGGAAAUGCAGCGUACUGAUUUAACUCGAGAAAAUAGCUAUACUGCAAAAAUGUUCACGUUUCAGUUCUUCAACCUAUUUGCUUCCAUUAUUUACAUUGCGUUUUUUCUUGGAAGAAUCAAUGGCUAUCCAGGUAAUUACGUGAAAAUAGCAAUGAAGUGGCGUCUAGAAGAGUGUCAUCCAAGUGGCUGCAUUACAAAUCUCGUUCUGCAAAUGGGUGUUAUAAUGGUGUUGAAACAAGUGGUAGGCACCACCACGGAAUAUGUUUACCCAUACUUAAAAUAUAAAAGGAAUAAGUAUCAGACUAGGUUCUCAAAUGACAAUGACAAUGUAGACGAGGUAAUGAGGCAUUGGAUUAAAAAUUAUAAUUUAGCUGACGUCAACUCCUACUCUCUGUUCGAAGAGUUUUUAGAAAUGGCGAUUCAGUAUAGUUUCACCACAAUAUUUGUUGCAGCCUUUCCAUUGGCUCCUUUACUAGCUUUGCUGAAUAACUUACUUGAAAUUCGAUUAGAUGCCAGAAAAAUGAUUUUGCAUCUCAAACGACCAAUACCCCGGAAAGCAAAAGAUAUUGGAAUAUGGUUCGAAAUUCUCGAAGUAAUUGGGGUUCUUGCUGUUAUUGGAAAUGGAUUGGUGAUAUCCUUCACAUCAGAUUUCAUUCCUCGACAAGUGUACCUUUACAUAACUGGUCCAUGUAAGCAUCCACAUCAUAUCAAAACUGAUUGUAUGACUGGGUACGUUAAUAACAGUCUCUCUGUGUACCAUCUGAAGCAUUUUGAGAAAAGUAUUAAUCAUUUUAAAGGAUCAAACGUCUUAAACUAUCCGAUAACUCAUUGUAGGUAUCGUGACUACAGAAAUGAAUAUACACAAGAGCUUACUGUCCAGUUUUGGCAAAUUGCUGCUGCUCGUUUGGCCUUUUUGGUGUUAUUUGAGAAUAUUGCUGUUUGCAUCAAGUAUCUUGCAGCUUGGUUUAUCCCUGAAGUUCCAGUUGGAAUCCAAAAUAAAAAUCUACGUAGGACAUAUGAGCAAUUAAAAGAGGAGCUGAAGAUGAUUGUUCCGAAAAGCCCAAUGACUUCAUUAGCUAACCAAUUGACCGUUUAAUCAUGAACAAUGCCAAAGCUGUUUACCGGAAAAAAUUAUUUGACAACAUGUCUGAUGACUUGUAUUACUUUACUAGUUUAAUAAAACUUUGUCAAGCAAAUAUGAUUUAAAAAUAUACCAUAUUUGAAACAAUUAAAUCCUGUCAGUGAAAAAUGUCUCAUUCAUUUAUCAAACUGGGCUGCAGGUCAGAGAAGCAAGUUGCUCUCCAAUGCAAUGCCAUCAAGCUGAUCAAUGUUCAUAUUCCAAUGUAUGGGUUCAAUGCAUUCAUAAAUCUAAGAUUAAGGGUCUCGACC